AUGGGCUGGGGUUUCUACACGUGUGGCCCAAAUGAAGCACUUGUCGUUUCAGGUUGUUGUCAUAGCAAGCCGUACUAUGUACCCGGGGGCCGAGUUUUUGUCCUGCCAUUAAUACAAAGACUUGACCGGAUUUCUCUUAAUAUCAUGACCCUCAUCAUCGAAAGCCCGCGUAUUUAUACACGCAACGGCGUUCCAAUUACCGUGACAGGUGUUGCUCAAGUGAAGGUGCAGGGCUCAAAUCCUGAAAUGCUAAGCGCAGCCUGCGAGCAGUUCCUCAGCAAAUCAGAACGUGAGAUACAAGAGGUCGCCAAGUUAACACUCGAGGGUCACCAGCGCGCAAUUAUGGGUAAUAUGACCGUGGAAGAGAUAUACAAAGAUCGGAAAUUAUUUUCUAAAUGCGUCUUUGAAGUUGCAAGCUCUGAUCUAGUCAACAUGGGCAUCAGUGUUGUGAGCUACACUCUGAAGGACAUCAAAGAUGACGAGGGCUACCUGGAGGCACUCGGGAUGGCUCGAACCGCCCAGGUGAAACGCGACGCGCGAAUCGGCGAGGCGGAGGCCCGAAGGGACGCCGGAAUUCGCGAGGCCCAGGCCGAGGACGCGCGAAUCGCCGGUCAGUUGAAAAACGAGGCGCUCAUCGCCAAGGCCAAGCGCGAUCUCGCCCUGAAACAGGCUGCUUGCGACAAGGAAGUUCAGGCGCUUAAGGCCAAGUCACAACUCGCCUACCAGUUACAGGCAGCCAAGACACAGCAGGAAAUCAAAGCCGAGGAGAUGGGCAUCGAGUUGGUGGAACGAAAGAGGCGCAUUGAACUGGAAGAGCUUGAGAAGGAACGCAUGAAGUACAUCCUGGACGCAACAGUUCGGAAACCAGCUGAAUCCGAGUGCUUCCGAUUAAAGACCAUCGCCGAGGCUGAACAGAUUCGCGUUACGGCCGAGGCCGAAGCCGAAGCCGAGGCCAUCAAGCUUCGUGGAUUGGCUGAAGCCGACGCAAAUCGUGCCGUUGUUCUUGCAGAAGCCGAGAAAAUGAAGAGGGUCGCAGAAGCUCUCAAGAACUACCAAAGCGCUGCCAUGUUGGAUAUGGUGCUGCAGACCCUCCCCCGCGUUGCAGCCGAGGUUAGCGCCCCACUAGCUCACUGUGACAAGGUCACCAUGGUGUCCACUGGUGAGGGCGAUGUCGGCAUCGCCAAGCUUUCCAACGAAGUAAUUCGUGUUAUCGAGGGUCUUCCACAGCUGGUCAACUCUCUUACUGGCCAGGACAUGAAAACGUAUAUUCCAGCACGCUGA